UUGCUGGUAGGCCUCCUGUAAGAGAUGCGGGUUUCCCAUUAGCCCAGUAUUGAUGCCUGAGUGAGUGCUCGGUCCAUAGCUGGUCUACUUGUGGGUAAGGUGUGAUGUACUGUAUGUAGCUGUCGUUCUGAAUGGAGUAACAUUGUUCUUUUGUAUCAGUGAGGAGGAGUGGAGCAAUCUGAUUCCUGAGAACUCGGCUCCUCCCACCGUUGCGGCUGCGCACUUCAAUUUUUCACUCCUUUUUUCAGUUUUUCACUCCUACUCUGGCUUCCGGACGCCGAGGCAGAUCGCUGCCGCCGAAUUUAAAGAGACAGGCGAUAGUUAUUUUAAAUAAGAUAAACGGCGACCAUUGUCCCUUAGCUUAUUUUCCGACGCUUCUCGCUUCAGCUUGUUCAGUUCGAUGGUGAUGUUUAAUCCAAGUCGCAGCGACUAGCAGCUUGUCUGUCAUCACCCUCCACUCUGCUGCAUUUUCCGUCCUUUUCUACGCCGUGCCGACACUGUCCAGCCAGGCAAAGUAGGGUUGUAGGGUUGUUCGCUGGCAGGCUGGCUUCCCGACUGAGAGGAAGGUUUGUCGGCUAGCCAGCAACGGGAGGUAACACCGAGGCUUCCCUCUCAAGUUGUGGUAGUAACUUAGCUCUCAAGCCUCCUGUCGCCGGGAUAAUGGCGAAGAUUCAGGCACACAGCACCGCGAAGCAAAUAAACCAAAUUCAAGACAAGCCUUAUGUUAUAGCACAAAAGCAAGUGCAGCAGCAGCACUUCCAGAAGCUGAAGGUUGAAGAUGCCUUGUCGUAUUUGGACCAAGUCAAAAUUCGUUUUGCCAAUGACCCUGGUAUAUACAACAAGUUUCUCGACAUCAUGAAAGAGUUCAAGUCACAGAGCAUUGACACACCAGGGGUUAUAAAUCGUGUGUCACAACUCUUCCAUGGACAUCCGGAUCUGGUCUUGGGCUUCAAUGCCUUCCUCCCACCGGGGUAUCGGAUAGAGGUCCCCAAGAACGGGGUGGCUUUCCUCCAGUCUCCGUUCUCUUCACAGGUAUCCCCAGGCCAGCAAGGGAAGAGUCUCACCACCUCUGCAGUGCCCACAACCUCAGGUAGUUCCACUGCCGCCCACACCGAAGCUGGACCGGCCCAGACCAGUGAAGGCAAGGCAGCCUCAUCUGAGUCCCUGUCUUCCUCGACCUCAGCAGGACCUCCACAGCCUCCCAGCAGACUUUCUCUUCCCCUGACCAGCAGAGAGAGCCAGAGUCAGGCAACCACCUCAUCUGUAUCCCCACCUGCCUCAGAGACGAGCCCUGUAGAGUUUGACAGUGCCAUCAGUUAUGUAAACAAGAUCAAAAACCGGUUUUUGGACCACCCAGAGACCUACAGGGCCUUCCUAGAAAUUCUUCACACGUAUCAGAAAGAGCAGUUGGAGGUGAAGGAGAGUCGAGGCAGUCGAAGCAGCAGCGGGAUGACAGAAGAUGAAGUGUUUUCUAAAGUUGCCAGCCUUUUUAAGGGACAAGAAGACCUGCUGGCUGAGUUUGGACAAUUCCUGCCUGAUGCCAAGAGAUCACUGUUCACAGGGAGCUCACUGACGGUGGGGAAAGAGCAUCUGAAAAGGCCAGAGGAAGAGGACACGAUAACCAAACAAAACAAAAAGCGGCCCAGACCCAUACUACUGCAGCACAUGUCCCCACUGCUCAAGAAGAAAAUGAAAUAUUCCUGUACCAAAGAUCAGUCCUUCGCUUCAGUUGGCAAACAUGGAGUUUUACGAGAAUUCUCUUUCUUUGAUAAGGUUCGUCGUCUGUUUAAAAGCCAGGAAGUAUAUGAAAACUUCCUGCGCUGCAUUGCCUUGUUUAACCAGGAAGUAGUUUCGGGAGCAGAGCUGCUACAACUAGUCACUCCUUUCCUGGGGAAGUUUCCUGAAUUGUACACACAGUUCAAGUCAUUUCUGGGCGACAAAGAACUCUCUCAUGCUGUGUCAGGGCUGUCGGAUCGCUACAUGGAGGGGGGAGGGGGGAGAGAGGUCGAUUAUGCCUCCUGCAAGCGCCUGGGGUCCAGCUACAGAGCACUGCCCAAGACCUACCAGCAGCCUAAAUGCAGCGGGCGCACUGCCUUAUGCAAGGAGGUGUUGAACGACACAUGGGUGUCCUUCCCCUCCUGGUCAGAGGACUCCACUUUUGUCAGCUCGAAGAAGACUCCUUAUGAGGAACAGCUGCAUCGCUGCGAGGAUGAAAGAUUUGAGUUGGAUGUAGUUCUGGAGACAAACUUGGCCACUAUCAGGGUGCUAGAGAGCGUCCAGAAGAAGCUGUCCCGCCUUUCACCAGAGGACCAGGACCGGUUCAGACUAGAUGACUGCCUGGGCGGCACCUCUGAGGUCAUCCAGCGUCGUGCUGUGUAUCGUAUCUAUGGAGACAAAGCCCCUGAGAUCAUUGAGGGACUGAAGAGGAGUCCUGCUACUGCUGUACCUGUGGUGCUCAAGAGGUUGAAAGCCAAGGAGGAGGAGUGGAGAGAGGCCCAGCAGGGUUUCAAUAAGAUUUGGAGGGAGCAAUACGAAAAGGCCUACCUGAAGUCUCUUGAUCACCAAGGCGUCAACUUCAAACAGAAUGACAUGAAGGCCCUGCGGUCGAAGAGUCUUCUCAAUGAGAUUGAGAGCAUCUAUGAUGAGCAGGGCCAUAACGGCUCUUGUUGGGCAUCGUCCAGCGAGCCUCACAUGGUGUUUACAUAUGAGGACAAACAGAUCUUGGAGGAUGCUGCCUCACUCAUCAUCUACCAUGUCAAACGUCAGCCCACCAUCCACAAAGAUGACAAGGACCACAUCAAACGCAUCAUCCAGCACUUUGUCCCCGACCUAUUCUUCUCCCGCCGCGGCGAGCUCAGUGACACUGAGGAAUGGACAGAUGAGGAGGCUGAGCCUGAGGAGGGAGGAGAGAGAGGAGGAGCAGUAGCGGGAGGUAAUGGUAAUUCCAGUAGUUCAUCAGGAGCAGCGGCAGCCCCAGGUGGUCCGUCUCAACCCCAGCCUGCACAGAACCAGUCCCAACCCCAGCAGCAGCUGAAUGGCGAGUCUAGGCGGAGGCGCUGCAGCCCACCCCAACCUACAAACACAGAGGCCUCCACCACCUCCAGUAGCAUGAACCAGCCUGCAGGGACCACCACAUCCACACCCGGAACUACACCUAUGGAGAUGGGUUCAGGUGCAGCUGGGGAAAAGGUGGACCUGCGCGACCCUGAGGCAGAGCACCAGAAGGAGCUGGACGGUGUUUACAACCUUUUUUUUGUCAACAACAACUGGUAUUUCUUCUUGCGACUGCACCAGACUCUGUGUUCGCGGCUGCUGCGGGUUUACCGACAGGCAGAACGCCAGCUGCUGGAGCACCGGGCUGAGCAAAGCAGAGAGAGGCUGCUGAUGGCCGAGGGCAGAAGGGAGAAGGCGUGUGACCUUGCCAUGGAGCUCCGUCUCAAACAGCCCAGUGAGGUGGAGUUGGAGGAGUAUUACCCGGCCUUCCUGGACAUGGUCCGCAGUCUGCUGGAUGGCAACCUGGACUCCACACAGUAUGAAGACACCCUGAGAGAGAUGUUCACCAUCCACGCCUACAUUGGCUUUACCAUUGACAAGGUCAUCCACAACAUAAUUCGGCAGCUGCAGCACCUGGUGAGUGAUGAGGUGUGUCUGCAGGUGGUUGAUCUGUACCUGGCUGAGAGGAAGCGGGGGGCAGCGGGGGGGAACUUGUCCUCACAGUGUGUCCGAGCUGCCUGGGAGACGAGCUACCAGUGGAAGGCUGAGAGAGUCAUGGCUGAGGAGAACUGCUUCAAGGUGAUGUUUAUCCAAAACAAGGGUCAUGUGACUAUGACCAUUGAGCUGCUGGACACUGAGGAGGCCCAGGCUGACGACCCACUGGAUGUACAGUGCUUGUCGAGCUACAUGGAGCAGUUUGUAGGAACAGAGUCCAGUUUGUGCUCUCAGGCAGAGGGCUACUUCUUCAAACCUGUGUUUCUGCCCAGGAACCUGCGGCGUUUCCGUCGAUGGCAGGUGCGGCAGGUGGAGGCGAUGCGCUGCAGGAGAGAGUGGCACCGCCAGCUGGGUGUGGAGAACGCUGGGAGCCUGGACUGUCGAUUUAAACUCAAUACUCACAAGAUGGUGUUUGUCAUGAACUCCGAGGAUUACAUGUAUCGCCGAGGAGCGCUGGUCAAGGCCAGGAAGUCGCAGCACAGAGUGGCAGCGAGCCAGCAUGAGCGCUUUGACAAGUGGCACCAGGGCUGGCUGUCCAAUCAUGUUAUGGCCUCAGCUGAACGCUCCGUGCAGAAUUGGCUAAUGGGCGAGGAGGAAGAGGACAUGAUCCCCUGCAAGACUACCUGCCUGUCGCUGGAGGUGAAAGGGCAGACGGUCAACAGAUAUCAAGUUCAUUACAGCGGUAGCAAAGCCCCAGCGUCACCGUAGAGCUGGACAUGCAGUACGCACACAGACACACGCAGGUAAAUGCAUGGACUUCAGGACACUCACACUAAACACAGACAUUGACUUCUCCACCUUCCUCCACAACACGUUCACUCAUUCAGUCUCACUCGUGGAUGAAGAAACAGCGAGCGAGUGAAUGAGUGUGCAGUGGGGGGACAGGACACCGCAGCAGACAGUGAGAGCGAACUGUUGGACACAAUGGCACAAACGGAGCUCAUCCUCAUUCUAGCUUUUUCUGGUGGCACUAAAAGUUGUACUGACCAACGGACAGAGACGGUUGAUCAGCAAGAAGUUACGAGAUCAUGGACUUUGUUGAAGAAAUGUGAAUGUGUUUGUCUUUUUUUUUUUUUUUAAGUGUAGUUUUUAGCUUCUAAAGCCAGAGAGCCUUCUGCUUGCUUGUUGGUUGGUUUAAGCGUGUUUAUAUGGAGAGAUCAUGGUAAACGUGUAUGCGUGUGUAUCCUUUUCUCUUCAUUUUGUCUGUUUGUAUGCCCCGUACAGGCUCUACAACUCUAGUAACAGCAUUAUUACUGUAUGUGCAUAUGUACAACAGGGAUCCUGUAGUUUAUAUGCAUCUACACGAGUUGAUCAUGUGGUUCUUUACAGUGUUUGCUGUCAGCCAACUCUUGAUGUUUAGAAUUUUUUUUUUUGUAUUUUUCCUUUUUUGUGUUGUAGCUAAACAAGUUUCACCAGAGGAACAAGGAGUCCUUAAAAGUUAAUUGGUUUAAUAUUGAUGAAACAGUCAAAUUAUGUAUUAUAUUCACGAUUUCACCAAAUACUUACUUUGCAUAGUCUGUUUUGCAUACUGACAUUGAAAAUAAAAGCAAAAUAUCAGUGUUAAAAUAGAAUGUAUAACAUUUAUCCUGUAUCAGUUAUAAAAUAAACAACCUAGUUGUGACCUUCUUAGACAUUGACUGGCAGGUUGUUUGUUGGCUUGAUCAGCAGUGACUGCAUGUGAAACUAGAGUUAAACCAACACAAGCCUUACCUAAAACUAAAUUAGAGCUCAAAUGAUGAAUCAAUAAUUUGGCAGUGAUUUUUAAACUGAAUAAUUUGUUCCUUAAAUCUACAAUUAGGUUGUUUUUCUUUGUUUGUAGGACGCGGAUGCGCAGCUGUUGUGCUAGAUUGCAUUUCAUUUUAUACAUUCCUUCCUGAUGUAUUUAGUGCACCACAAAGCCCAUUAGUAGCUAUGCUAAAGCUUUUCAAAGCACCUGGUGUUCCACAGCACAUGGAUUUUUGUCAUGUAGAUGUUCAGAUUUCAGUUUUUGGUCUUGUCUAUGUUGCACAAAAUGAGUAAAUGACUGUGUAUUUAGGCAAUCUCCAACUGCUGAGGAAUACGUACAAUUGAAAGCUCCAGAACAGCUACUAAAUGGACGUUGUGAGACGGUUUUGUCAAAUGUUUAACGUUUUAGCUGAUGCUUUCUCUUAAAAAAGGAAAAAAAGACUUAAGGGUUUCUUGGAUCGUUUGUCACAAAGUGUUUGACUGUGCAACAGCUUGUUCUUUGCCAAAAAGUGAGAUUUUCAGGAUGACAAAUUUUUGCUAGUUGGCACGCUGAACCUAAUGGUGUCGGACUCUCUCUGCCCACCAGGAUCAAGGGGGAAAAAAACCCCAUCAUCUCUUAAAGCUGCCAGUGCUUUUGGACAACUUCCUUAACCUCUUUUUAGAUGGUGUCAGCCUCGUCAAGAACUAAAUCUUGUCAGGACCUGCAACUUUGUGUUUAAUCACUAGGCUGCAUGUUUAUUUAAAGGGGUAAUGAGUGACUAACGAUGAAA